UGCAACAACCGGAACAUACAAUACCAAAUUACAUGGUCCAAUUCCAAAAUCCGAAUAACACAAAGCAAAUUGGGUGCAAUUCCAUUCGGUUUUACGAUUCUGGAUAAUUAUCGUAUCAGGUACAACGCUAAGAACCCUAAAACAACGAUUUCCCCUGGGUUGUUUGAGCUCUUAAACUCUCACUUCACCUAUUUUCAUGAUCGAUUCACCCUUCACGUGCUUAUCAUUCAAUACUCAGGAUUCGACCUCUUCUAUCGCUUGAUAACAUCUGCAAAGGGAAAGAUCAAAGUUUGUUCUCCAUGGAAGGAUUAGGGGCUGAUUCCACCUCCCCAAUGGCACCAGUAGCAAAAUGGAAAAGUGAAUUCUCAAGAGUGUUUCAGUUUUAUCUCGACAAAUCUACACCUCUUCCUGUUCAUAGGUGGCUAGGGACACUCGGUGUUGCAUCCAUUUAUGUGUUGAGAGUCUAUUACCUCGAAGGGUUUUACAUCAUCUCUUAUGGACUUGGGAUUUACAUCUUAAACCUGUUAAUUGGAUUCCUCUCACCAAAAGUUGAUCCAGAGCUUGAAGUUCUUGAUGGAGCCUCACUUCCCACAAAAGAAUCCGAUGAAUUUAGGCCUUUCAUUCGUCGUCUUCCAGAGUUCAAGUUUUGGUAUGCAAUCACAAAAGCUUUCAUGGUAGCUUUCUUGAUGACAUUCUUUUCUCUAUUUGAUGUUCCUGUUUUCUGGCCAAUUCUGCUUUGCUAUUGGAUCGUUUUAUUCGCUCUCACAAUGAAACGCCAAAUCAUGCACAUGAUUAAAUACAAAUAUGUCCCAUUUACCACUGGGAAACAGAAAUACGGUGGGAGGAAGUCGCCUGGAGGUAGUGCUGGUGGUUCACCCAUUCAUCGAGGUUGAAGAAGCAGUUGAGUAGGGUUCAAGAUAGGAUUAGGAGUAACUUUUUUUUUUUUUUUUUUUUUUUUUUUUUUUUUUUUUUAAUUUUUAUGAAAGUAUCCCUCGUUUAUAACACUUUAGAAACAAAAAAAUAUGUUCCCUUUUAAGAUGACAUGUUUUCCUAAUAAUAAUAAUACUGUCUGCUGGCUUAUUUGCAAUAUUUGUAUCAUUUCAUACAUCAAAUAGGAUAAAAAUUGUAGUUUUUGGCGGGAGACUGUGAAAAGACGUAAAUACCCUUGUUAUAGUGUUAGUGUUGUGCGAAAAGUGUUGUGUGAAAAGACGUAAAUACUCUUGUUAUAUGUGUUGGGAGACUAUGAAAAGACGUAAAUACCCUUCUUAUAUGUGUUAGUGUUGUGUGAAAAGUGUAUGAGAUGCUAUGGAGAGUUUUAUGUGAUUGGUACAACCACUUUUCAACUACCAACGAUAGAAAGUGAGUGUACUACUUUUUUCAUUUCCAAAAAAUAUUGUUAAUUGAGUAGUUGUUUUAAUAAUUAGCAUUUCUUACAACUAAUCUCAUUAUAUUAGUCAUGGUCUCUUUCUACUCUUUUCCCUAAAGAUGGAAUUGUUAGAUCGAGAGCUAUGUACAAGUGCAAAUGCAAGAUGUACAUGUCAUUAUAACAACAUUGGUUUGGAUUUGGGAAUUUCAUUUCUAGAAAAAGGAAACCAUCUUUAUCAAAGGGUCUUCAAAUUAGAGACCAUUUUGAAGAUUGUCAUAUAAAACCAUCAAACCAAAUUUUCAUACAUAUCUUGUUGAUGAAAAUGUUGGGUAGAACCUUUCUUGUUAUAUUGUUCUUUUGGGCAGCUCUCACUAUCAUCACUCCUAUUCUUGUUCAUUUGUCUGCUUCUGCAAAACCCUUGGAUUAUAACGGGGAAAUAAAGAAUAAUGGUAGCCAGAGCCGUAAAGUUAUCAGUUUAUUGUCUCGAAAAGCACUUGGAUCUAUCACCUAUUCUCAAUCCGGUAUAUCAGUAUCGGUGCCAACACCAGCACCCACAUCAAUAUCAGUACCAACACCUGCACCAACAAGGAAGGUGAUGCCCAUACUUGAACAUGAAACCUCACUUGUGAAUUUUCACCUCGUUAUUGCUAAAACAAGCAUACAUGAUCUAUCAACUUUCUUCCAUGCCAAAAAGCAAAGUAUCAUAAUAUGAAACCCUAUGAAAUACUCAUGAUCAAUGCAUUGGUUCGUGUUGUAUAGUUGUAAAACGAAUCAAGUAGAUAAAUACUUAUUCAUGGAAAAACGGUAGAUAACAAGAAAGAGGGGUUCUUGGGACCCUUAAAGAAGAUAUAUUAUAUAUUUACAUAACUUGUGACAAGUGUUAUGACCAAAACAAUAGGAAUGAUGUAAGUCCUAGUGAUGGUAUAUUUAAAGCUCAUGAUUGUUGCUUCAAGAUGAAUUAAUUUCAUUGAAUAAUAAUGAAUCUUUUUAA